ACAAAAUGGCGGCGCCCAAGUGAAGCAAUAUUUUAUUUUGCUUUCGCUUCGUUAUUUUUUUCACUUGCUUAGCAAUGAAAAAACGCAAGCGAAGUACGUCCCGGUCUCCACUUGGACUAACUUCCAGAUCGAAAGAAAGGCAUCGGUCUCAUUCCAGAAAAUCGAAAAAAUCAACUUAUUUCAGCCAUGAGAGUACCAAGAAAAAGAGAAAGCAUAGAAAGGAUCAAAAAAGAAGGAGAUCAUCUUCAACCUCUUCCUCAUCUUCAAGCAGCUCAUCAUCUUCAUCCUCCUCCUCAUCAUCAUCAUCGUCAUCAUCAUCAUCAUCAUCAUCAUCAUCUUCAGAAGAAAGAAAAAGAAAAUCUAAAAGAAAGAAAAAACAAAAACUGAAAGAAAGGCGGAAAAAGAAAAUAAAGAUGAAUGAGAAGAGAAACAAGAAGAUCCAGAUUUCUGAGUCAGACAUCGGACCAGUGCUUCCAACAACCUCAACACAAACACCAAAGGCAGACGACUUACCAGGGGAGGGAAACAAGGCUAGGGCGAAGGCGAUGAGGCCAAUGACCAAGGAGGAGUGGGAGAAAAAGCAGAGCACUAUCCGGCACAUGUACGACCCGGAGACAGGUAGAAACAGGCUUGUGCGUGGUGAUGGAGAAAUCCUGGAGGAGAUUGUUAGCAAGGACAGACACAGGGACAUCAACAAGCAAGCUACCCACGGUGAUGGAACUUUCUAUGCAAUGAAAAUGGGAAUCCUGGACAAGUGAACCAAUGACCAAAACAGAAACAGUGCAUUCAUUGUCUUUUAAAUCUUGUUUGUGAUGAGUGCUCUGUUUACAAGAUUCAGAUAUUUAUUGCAGUAACAGUUGUCUUACCUAUAAAUGUGAGCAUUCACAAAUAUUUGCGUUCAUUGACAAUCUUAUGCACAUGUACCUAAAUUAUUAUAUGAUUUCUUAUGAUGAAAAUGCUUUUAUCACAUGCCACUUAUGCUAGGCUCAAUUAAGAAAAAAUGCAAAGUAAUUUUUUGACUGUUCCUAUUUCACAUACCGGUAUGUUAGGCAGUCUUCCUCGAGUUUUGUAAUCACAAGAUAUUGUAUAUAUAUAUAUUAUAGUGAUAGUUUAUGCAUAACAAUUAGAUAUUUAAGGAUUAUUUUAAUACGCCUGUUAGAAUGGACAUUUUAUAGUUUUACCUGCGGCUUACGGGUGGGUGGGUGGAUAAGGCAGGCGUUAGGGCAGGGUCCAGUAUGUUGUCCGAUCAGUUUCUUAAAAAGCCUUUGUCCAAUUAUCACCAAAUUCUGGCAGAAUGUGUAUGGGUAUAAUAUCUCGAACUUGUUUGAAAACCAACCAUAUCGCUUAAGACACUCAAGAGUUAUUGCCCUUUAAUUAUAGAAAUUACCUAAACCAGUCUUGUCCGAUUAAUAAUUUUAGAAGCAUAUGUCCAAUCGUCAUCAAAUUUCGUCAGAAUAUUUAUUGGCAUAACAUAAUCACCACAUUUUGUCAGAAUGUGUAGAGGCUUAAAAGUCUUUGUCAGGUUUUGCCAUGCAGCCUACGUCACUCCAGAGUUAUGACCAUUGAAAUUGCAAAAACUAUUAAAAGUCUCUGAUCUCUAAUUUGGUUUAACGUUAAAACAUGUAUUAUCAAACUUGGUGUCCUUAAAAGAGGACUGGAGUAUUUUGUGAUAGUUGGCGCUCUUGUUUUAAUAAAAUAUACAAACGAUUUUGAAAUUCAUAUUUACAAGUAACUUGAAGAAUAAAUAUAUGUUAUUCGACUCUGAAGCAGCCUUACACAUUAACUACCCAUAUCUAUACUUUUAUUGUCAGAGAUAAAAUAUUUUUACAUAUAUUAAAACAUUUUUGUUUGAAAGUUUACUUGUUUUACAAAGCAAAGAUUUACAUCAAUGUUUUACUCAGAUGAAGUGUGCUAGUUUGAACUAAAAGUUUCAUAACUGAAUGAACUUUGUCUUUAUUAAUUUUCUCUAACCUUUUUAACAUUGAUAUUUAUUGUUUGGUCCAAUUUUGCUGAUGUUAAUCACUUGAAGCUGUCAGGAAGUGAUCAGAAUUGACACUUGUGGUGGCAGACACUUUUAUGCAAAUGCAUUAUUAAUUCAUUGACAUAUAUUUUACUUUUAAUGCCUCAUUCUUCAGUUAAUUAUUACCUUGUACUGUUAAAGUUUUGCAAAAUAUAUGUGUUCAGAAAG